GGUGCUAGAAGAGACCGCUUGGCAUUCAUUGGUUGUUUAUGUCACAUGACCGCAUAUUUGGUGGAGUUUAGCCCACAGUUAUGUUUUACAGGCUUUUACGUGUCCAUUAUUAUUCUUAUUAAAUUACAGCACGUCAGAAAAGUAAACAAUCAAAUAACAGACAAAGUACUAUCAUUUAAACAUCAGUGUAACACAAGUGUGGAUUUACAUCUUAAUUCUCCUUAAAAAGUCGAAAAUGUACUAAUCGUGAGGGAAACAUAACCGUGUUCGUGAGGGACGUCACCCUUAAACGUGUUUGUCGUUGAUAUUAGCCUGUAAGACAAGUUCAGGGUAUAAUAGCUUUAGUGUUGUGUUGACUACACGAUGCAAGUUAGCUUGUUUUGUUUGCUACAUUUUCUUUCCUAUAGUUGACUAUACUAGUCAUAAAAUGUCACAACCUGUACAUUUGUCAUUUCCCCAGCUGGAUGGAGGCUUGCGGAAGAUUCGUUAUAUUAAUUUGGUGAAUAAUUCGUCUUUCACUCUCAGAGAGUGUCCACAAAAGGCUGCAGCGAUGGUUCCUCUCUUUUUAGCAGCCGAUCUCUUCUCCAACACCAACUUCCGGCCUGAGAACCAUCCCAGGUGUCACGCUAAAUACGCCAAGAAGGGGCUCGCCACCAAAUUACAUUUUUCUUCAGCCUUCAGGUUCCGUGGCUUAAAGGUCCCCACGUCCAACAACAGCCUUUGGUUUUACAGCAUUCAUGGGCUUUUUCGAGUGGCUUUUGAACUGUACACCAAGCAGGAGCAGCUUGCAGUGGUGGAGAACUUCCAGGAUCUUUGGAAAUCUCAGAUAAACGACAGCCCGCUGAAGGCGAGCUACAGCCUCAGGGAGCAGCUGGACGUCCGUUGUGGUGCUGACACCAGGAUGGAUGGGUUGGCGCUGGAGGCCACGGGAGCAAACAUCUCAUCAGAACACGAUCACUGCUACUUUUCACAGCAAGGGCGGCCGCUUGUGUCAACACUGAGGAGGAAACUGAAGAGCUUGGAUGAUCAACUUUCCUCCGAGGCGGAGAGCUUCACACAGCAGCAGUUGGAGACCCUGCUGCUCUUUUUGCAUCACACGGAACGAUGCUUCGAUGGGACGCUUCAGGAACAGGAUGUGACUGAAUCGGUGCUAGCGCUACUCAACUCCAAAGAAUGGAGCUGCGUUUAUUCCAGCCCGCUGCUCAACGGUGUGGCCCGCUGGCUCGGCCGCCAGUUCAGCGCGGCCAACUGCAGCGUGAGCCGUGGCGUGGAGGGUUUCAAAGUGCGGCACAUCGACAGGAUCAGCGAGCUGCCGCCUGCCGAGGAAUUGGCUGAUGAGCUUUUCCCAGAGGCCAUGCGGACGCUGUUGCUCCAUUGGAUGGGACUGAGCGAGGAGGCGGACGCGGCCAAGCGACGGAGCGAGUAUCCCAUCCUGCUUCUCAUCCUGGAGUUUGCCAACCACAACCUCAUCACCGGGGUGGCUCAUGUCCUCUACUCCAGUCUCAUCUGCAAAUAAAUAGAAUUCUGACAUUCCGGCAGAUUUGUUUUUCCAACACAUUCUGGCAAAAUUGGAAUCUACUGAUUAUUCCCCGUCUGUCUUCAUUCAUUCAUUCAUUUUCUACCGCUUUUCCUCACAAGGGUCGGGGGGGGGGCUGGAGCCUAUCCCAGCU